UAUUUGAAAAACAAGCAAAGCGAAGAGUAAAAGCGAAUUCGGUGGAAACACCAAACAGAUAUUACUUAGUCCUUUUAAGUGUGUGUUUUACGAAUAGUGUGUUUACGUUGAAGUAAAAUAAAAAUGCCAGCAAUUGGAAUUGAUUUGGGAACGACGUAUUCAUGUGUGGGAGUCUGGCAACAUGGAAACGUGGAGAUCAUCGCAAAUGACCAAGGAAACAGAACUACUCCGUCAUAUGUGGCGUUCACGGACACCGAACGACUCAUCGGCGACGCGGCGAAGAACCAGGUCGCUCUAAACCCUAACAACACAGUGUUCGACGCGAAGCGCCUGAUCGGCCGCAAGUUCGACGAUCCGAAGAUUCAGCAGGACAUGCAGCACUGGCCCUUCAAAGUUGUCAACGAUUGCGGCAAGCCGAAGAUACAAGUGGAGUUCAAAGGAGAAACUAAGCGGUUCGCACCGGAGGAGAUAAGCAGCAUGGUACUGGUGAAGAUGAAGGAGACGGCCGAAGCAUACCUCGGUACGGCCGUCCGCGACGCCGUGAUCACAGUCCCGGCGUACUUCAACGACUCUCAGCGCCAGGCAACGAAAGACGCGGGUGCGAUAGCCGGCCUCAACGUCUUGCGGAUAAUCAACGAGCCCACUGCCGCCGCUCUAGCGUACGGUCUCGACAAGAAUCUUAAAGGUGAACGCAACGUCCUGAUAUUCGACCUCGGCGGUGGAACGUUUGACGUCUCUAUUCUGACCAUCGAUGAGGGCUCAUUGUUCGAAGUAAAAGCCACGGCUGGCGAUACGCAUCUCGGUGGCGAAGACUUCGACAACAGACUGGUUAAUCAUUUGGCGGAAGAAUUUAAAAGAAAGUACAAAAAAGAUCUUCGCGGUAAUGCACGAGCUCUUCGUCGACUGCGAACUGCGGCGGAACGGGCGAAGCGUACUUUGUCUUCGAGCACGGAAGCUACUAUAGAAAUCGACGCUCUUUACGACGGAAUCGACUUCUACACCAGAGUGUCACGAGCGCGAUUCGAGGAACUGAAUUCUGAUCUAUUCCGUGGUACUCUAGAACCGGUCGAGAAGGCACUCAAAGACGCGAAGUUGGACAAGAGCUCUAUCCACGAUGUCGUGUUGGUCGGAGGUUCUACUCGUAUACCAAAAAUUCAAAACAUGCUUCAGAACUUCUUCUGCGGCAAGAAGCUGAACCUGUCCAUCAAUCCAGACGAAGCAGUAGCCUACGGCGCCGCGGUGCAAGCUGCCAUUCUAAGCGGUGAACAGCACAGCAAAAUUCAAGAUGUCCUCUUAGUGGACGUGGCACCGCUAUCACUUGGUAUCGAGACGGCGGGAGGCGUAAUGACCAAAAUAAUUGAAAGAAACGCGAAAAUUCCCUGCAGACAGUCGCAGACGUUCACAACUUACUCUGACAAUCAGCCAGCCGUCACCGUGCAGGUGUACGAGGGCGAACGCGCCAUGACCAAAGAUAACAAUUUACUGGGUCGCUUCGAUCUGACCGGAAUACCACCGGCGCCGCGAGGAGUUCCUAAGAUCGACGUGACGUUCGAUCUCGACGCGAACGGUAUCCUGAACGUGUCCGCCAAAGAGAACAGCACGGGCCGCAGCAAGAACAUCGUCAUCAAAAACGACAAGGGCAGACUGUCGCAAGCAGAAAUCGAUCGGAUGCUGGCCGAAGCGGAGCAGUACAAAGAAGAGGAUAACCGUCAGAGGGAUCGAGUAUCCGCUCGCAAUCAGCUGGAGUCGUACGUGUUCAACGUCAAGCAGGCGCUGGACGAGGCGGGUGACAAGUUGAGUGAGCAAGACGAAGAGACGGCGCGAAGAGAGUGCGACGAGGCGCUGAAGUGGCUCGACAACAACACGCUGGCAGACAAGGAAGAGUACGAGCACAAGCUGAAGGAGAUUCAGCGAGUGUGCAUGCCCGCGAUGAGCAAAAUGCACGGAGCGAGUGCGGGAGGAGCGACUGGUUGUCAUCAGCAAGGAUCCGGGUCUCAGCAUUCGGGACCGACGGUGGAGGAAGUCGAUUGAACCAAGGAAGAUCUCAAACGCUAAUUAUGAUGCUUGGCGCAAAGUUCGGGAGAACUAUGUCCAGCUUGGACUGCGAUAGGCUGAGAGCGUGAAUGAGAGAGAGAGGAAGAUCUCAUUUGAUUCCUGUGCAUAGUUCCUAGUUGUUGUAAAUAUUUGUAAAUAUAGAUGUUAAUUUAUUGUUAUGUUACGCAUUCCAAAUCCAACAGAUGAUCAUGUAAUGCCAAAAUAAAUGUUGAGUUUUAAAAUUAAA